AACCUAAUUGCGAUGGCAGAGACAACAUUUUUUCUCUUCCCCGAAUUUCCGCCGGAACUUCGCUGGCUAAUUUGGCGCGAGGCUUUACCGAAACACACUGGGCCGAGUCUGUUCUUCUUCAAACAAGGAUGUUGGCGGCUAGAACUCGAGAGUCAUAUGCUAGAGACAGGCGAUGUAGAGAUGUGCUUCGACCACGAACUAUUGGACGACGAUGUUCAAUUUGACGUGCCUCUUUUCUACGUCAGCCAAGAGGCUCGUAUUGUUACGCUGAGUUGGUUCCGCGAACAUGGCAUCAAGAUCAAACUGGACGAGAAUGGCCAUCAUAUUUUCUCGCGCUCCUUCAACCCUCGGCGCGAUGCAUUAUAUAUAAUGCCCGAAAGGUGGCAUUCACUCCACCAAGGAAACGCGAAUGAUAUGGAGGGUGAACCUUUCGUCAUUAAAUCAGAACCUGAGCAUCUUGCCGUGUCUCUGCGCGCUUGUCUGCAUCCCGUCAUCAUCGAUAUGCUACCAGAAGCGAUGUGGUGGUACAGAAAAGCUACGGAGUUCCUGCUAAUUAUCGGCGAGGAGCCUGAUCAGCAAAGGGGACUUGGACAGUGGGAAUUGACCACUUUAAAAGAGGGAGUAUUCAUCUGGAAUAGCGAUAGUGGUGACUUUGAAUUUCGAGGAACAGGCGGGAAUAACGUCGAAAAUGAGGCUGCUUAUGAGAACGUGAGGGAUGCUCUUCGUAAUGAAGAAUUGUUAGAGCGACUUCUUGACUUAGAUAUCCAGACUCUGGAGAUUCGACUUGCACUUGUUAUCAGAAGAUAGAAAUGCAUGGGAGAGCUUAUGAUUCCCAGGUGAGAGGCUUGUAAUAUGAAACUACCGCUUCUACAUCAUGUAUUUUAGAUUUUCA